UUAAGCAGCCAGUUACUGAAGUCACAAAAUUGUCAGUAAAAUACUGUAAAAAAACCUAUUAAUAAGCCACCGCUAUUACAGUGUAGGUGGCCAUGGCCACCUUUUGGUCAUCCCGAUGAGGGGUUCUAUUCUCCUUACCCCUAUUGAGCAGCCAACCAUAAUUUAACUCACAUAUCGUAAAAUCCCAUGUUAAAGCCCCCCUUCCCCGAAUAAAAGCCCUUCUAUUUGUUAACAAAGGUAUUAUUCUGGAUAUAAGUUCUGCCGGGUAUAAGCCCAUCUAAUGUAUAAGUGCAUUCCCUUUGCAUUUCUUUACAAAGAUUAAAAUUUUUAAUUGAAAGUUAGAGGCAGAUAGGGUAAUAAUAGGGUAAUAAGGUAAUAGCUUUAAAUAUAAUGGUAUGUUAGCUUUAAUUCAUUUCUCUGAUACGUUUUAUCUCGUUUUCCAAGCCCCCCUGUUUAUAAGCCCACCCAAAACCCCUUAUGAAGUUAUAUAAGCCCAGGACUUUAAAUUGGGAUUUUAUGGUACAGUUGAAAGUUACAAUGGUUGCUUAUUUAUAUUUUUUGAUAGCGUACGUAAAAAACAGCUCAGAGAAUCUUACAUUCUGAAAUAUGGAGAUAAAGUAGAAGGUCGUGGCUGGGACAUAUCAAUCAGGGAAAUGGCAAUAGCUGUUAUCAAACUAGAAAUUCUCUCUGCAGCUCCUAACAGUGAAGUGAAAAUUGACUUGUGUGAAACUUCAAGAGAAUUCAGGCAGGCUGCCUUUGUCUUGUACAAUUGUGCAAGACUUUCUAAACUUUUUCAAAACUUUGAGGAAAAUGUCCACAAAGGUAUUUAUCCAGCCCUCCCACCUGUAAAUGAUGUGGAUUUUAAUCUCUUGCAUGAUCAAGCAGAAUGGGAGUUAACAUUAAACUAUAUUGUGGCUUUUCCAUCCAUUGUAAGGGAUGCUGUGCCAGCAACCAUAGCCAAGUCACAAAAUGUCACCAUCCACACAAAUAAGAUCUGUUGUUUCCUGUUCAACUUGAGUCACAAAUUUAGUGCAUAUUAUGGACGAGUGCACAUUCUUGGAGAGUCAAAGCAACAUCUUUUCCCCACAAUGUUUGCAAGACUUUAUCUAAUGAAAACUCUUCAACAGGUCAGCAGCUUUCAGUGCCAGGCUGUUAAAUUUGUUAUCCCUACUGAUUGCCUUAUUUAAUUUUGAUGUUAAUUUCCCAAAGCUACUCAGAUGACUUUUUUAGAUUGUAUUCGUGUUAUUUAGAUUAUUUGAUUUGUAGUUUAGACGGGUCAGGGAAGGGUUUUUUCGGGAUAUUUUUUAGGGGGUUGGGUGUGGGUGUAUUAACCAAGUAGGGGACUUGUGUCCUAUUGUUAAGCACCUGAACUUGUGUGAAUCCAUAAAUAAAUAAAUAAAUAAAUAUUUGCUUGACAAUGUGUCGAUUACUGUAAGGAGAAGUUAAAUGUUUAUUACAUGGCUACAAUUUCCUUGUGGUUGGAUGGAUCUGUAGUUGAGAAGUACAGAAACAUAGUUACAAGUUGUUAUACAAAGUCAGGAAUAGGCCAUUUUACAGUUGUGUGCUUAGUUACCUGGCCAUGGAUGCAAGCGAGGCUGGAG